GAUGCUGAGAAUGAAAACAAGUUAAAUGACAUCUUGAAAAAAAUUUCAUAUUCAAGUCUUAAUAAUUAGAGCGGAUUAGUGAGCCCUGUUCUCUAAAAGAACAAUGCUUAUUUUGAGCAAAAAUAUGACUUUUGCCAUUUGUCUCUUAUUUGUCCUCAGCCUCUCAAAUAUUGCAUCGUCGUGACAUUUGUUCUCUAGCGCAAACACGUGCGCUUUAUAUAACCUCUAUCAGUCUAAUCUUAAAUCGCGUCGAUUUAUUACACUCGUCGCGAAUACUUUCACGAUGGUCUCGAGAAUAUGUAUUUGUCUCUCUCGUAUCUUAUCAUUUUCCUGUUCAGUACGCGAUAACACUUCACCUGACCGGACCGAUCUCCAAUGAAAGUUAUAUAUCUUGUGUGACAAGUCUCAUUAUGAAUAUAACAUUUAUUUUAUAUGAAAAGAAAUUUUCCUGCUUGAACAUUCAUCUAUUCUCCAACGUCAAUCUUACAUGCUUAGUUGAGGCUCAUUGAUAAGUGCUAGAAGAUAGGAAUAGUAUCAAAUAUGUUGAUCCUUUUAUUACAUUAGCCAUUAGCCUAUCAUAAAGUGAUGUAAAAGUAAGAAUAAUGCCAGGCACUAGCAAUGAGAUAAAAUAUAUCUUGAAAGCGAAAGAGGAGGAAGAAUAUGCCAUGACUUGUCUAGGGACAUAUGUAUUUGUGGAUAAACAUUGUAGACAAUCAUCAGCUUCAAAUGAUUCAUCUGCGAAGCAAAUCGAUUCUUUAUCACUUGCGUAUGAAGAUCUGUUCACCAUGCCUUAUAACAUCAUACAAGAUUAUGGUUUAAUUAUAAAACAUUUAGAUAUCAGUCACAAUGUGUUUAGUAGGAAUUUACAGUUUUUAUCAGAGUUUGACAAUUUGAAAUCUCUCAACUUGGAUCACAAUAAAAUAGAUGAUACUACUGUAUUCCCAUACAUGCCAAAUCUUGAGCUUCUGUGGUUGAAUCAUAACUUUAUUCAAAAUUUGUAUCCCUUUAUUAAGAACCUUCAUAAGAGUAUACCAAAUCUUAAAUAUUUAUCUCUCAUGGGAAAUGAGGCGGCACCUAGUUAUCUUAACGGUGGAAGUUUCUUUGAAUAUCUUCAAUACAGGUUAUUUGUGCUAUCUUGGUUUCCACACUUGAUGCACUUGGAUGACAGAAUAGUGAAUGACGAGCAGCUAUUAGAGGCUAAGAGACUGUUCAAACGAUCAUUGUUUGAAGUAGAACUGCCAGAAUGCAUUAAAGACUUACAUAAUAAGAUGAAUAUCUUUUCCAAGUCAUCAAUGCCUGAUAGACAAAAAAUAUCACGAGGAACAAAUCUUAUUAUUUAAACACAGUAUUACAGAGGAGCUCAAAGGAAAUUUUAAAUUAUGAGAUAUUUCUUUAAGAAAGAAAUGAGAUGAUAUUUUGUAUCCCAUUAGAAAUAUGUGCCAAUUAUGAAAGCAAAACGUAAUACUAUGUUUUAUAGUGAUAUAUAAACAUUCUUUUUAAUAGUUAUUUUUUAUAUUAUACUCGAACUGCAGCUAUACGAACAAAUAACUCCUAUAUUAAAUAUACUUUAAUAUAUGAUAUUUGGAAUCAGUUUUAAAUUAUAUAUUCUGCUUGUAAAAGCAUUGCAUAUUAUAUUCGCACUAGGCAUGCGUGCCUUAUUACUUUAAAUAAAUAGUUUUAGCACAGAAUCUUUUUGUAAACUGUAUAUAAGACGUGAAUAUUGUUUUAUAUAUUAUAUAUGCGUGAGUAUAUAUGUAUGCAUGUGUCAGUGGUGAUGCGUUUUUAUGAACAUUUGAUAAGAAUAAAAUUGUUAUACAAAUA